AUGGUCCGUGUCUCUAUCCUCAACGAUGCACUCAACAACAUCGUCAACGCUGAGCGUCGCGGAAAGCGUCAAGUCCUCGUCCGUCCUUCCUCAAAGGUCGUCGUCAAGUUCUUGUCUGUCAUGCAAAAGCAUGGCUACAUUGGCGACUUUGAAGAAGUCGAUGACCACCGUUCUGGAAAGGUCGUCGUUCAACUCAACGGUCGUUUGAACAAGUGCGGUGUUAUCUCCCCAAGAUUCAACGUACAACUCUCUCAAAUCGAGAACUGGGUUGCUAUGCUCCUUCCAGCUCGUUCAUUCGGUAAGAUCAUUCUUACUACCUCUUCCGGCAUCGUCGACCACGAGGAGGCCAGACGUAAGCACACUGGUGGUAAGAUCCUCGGUUACGUUUACUAG